GCAGGCCGCGGUAUUCACGCAACUGGUCUACCGGCUGCUCGUGCCAACAUGGACGAGGGCAACUCGGAACCGCAGACGAAAAAAAGACGACGCCUGGAACCGCCGCACACGACACCGGUCGCCGUUGCGCCCGAUGGCCAGGUACUUGGCAAAAGGAAGGCCACCGACAGCAUCCGACAUGGGAGUCCUAAACGCGUGGUCUCGCCGCCUUCAGUACAGUCGUCUCAGGGAGUCACCGAAAUCAUUAUGCACCACCAAUCGGCACAGGACAUGGACGACGAUGAGCCCGUUCAGGUCAAAUACGAGGUCGUCGAAGAAGUCGUGGCUUACGAAACGUGUCCGGUUACCGUCAUGCCCGGACAUGCCGCCGACGAAGAUCAGAUGGACAACGACGCCUCCGAUAACGCUGCGCAUUCGCCCACGCUGGUCCCGACCAUAGUCUCGGUCACUGCGGUCGAAGAUGAGGACGCUGCCACAACGCCCAGUGGCUCACCCGAGCUGGCCGAGCUGCGCGUCGAGUGGCCUGUGUCUCCGUCGCAGGCGACCGUUGUGGUAGGCGGUCCGCACCAGGAAGGCCUGCAGGAGAUGUACGUGCUCGACCCGUUGGCACAACCGACCCCCGAACAACUCGCCAUCGUCGGCGCCGCUGGUCCCGAGCACAUGCCUUGCGACUAUCGCAUGAUGACGCUCAACCAGGGCUCUCCGGGCCCACACGGCGAGUUCCAAGAACUGCCGCCUUCCCACCACCACCACCCCCAGGGGCAGCCAUACCUGCUCACCUCUCCCGGCGGCAGUUACUCGGUGCGAAUCCUUUCGGAUGAUGGUCAGCCACUGCCGCAGACUCAGCCGCAGCACUUGAAGCUCGUCAAAGGCAGUGUCGGCCGCGGAGCAGUCGUGGUGGACGGCAGCAGCGGCGCCAGUGAAGUGGUGCACGGCGAGGUGUUCGUCCCGUCGGGUGUGGACAUUGUGCCGAGGACGACCACGUACGGACACCACGCCGGUGUGCUCACAGCGGCGGCGCCGGUCGCCACGGUGCUCCCACCGACCACCGCCACUGGAGCUGCGUUUCUUUCCAGGGACGUCAGCUACGUGCUGCCCCAACAGCAGCCGCAGCAGCAGCAGCAGCAGCAUCACCAGCGCCAGCAGACGCAGGCGCAUCAGCCGGCGCAACAGCAACCGCAGGCGCAGCCGCAACAGACUCACCAGUCCAGGAGCUCCAGGAGCAGUGGCCGGACGAGGGACAGAACCCGCAGUUCGAGCACGCUGAGCCGGGAAGAGCAGAAACGCAAUGCGUGCGACCGUGAGCGCAGCCGCAUGCGGGACAUGAACCGCGCCUUCGACCUGCUCCGGGAGAAGCUGCCAUUCUGCAAGCCACCCGGAAAGAAGUUCUCCAAAAUAGAGUCCCUCAGGAUGGCCAUCAAGUACAUCGCGCAGCUGGAGUCGGUGCUGUCUUCCCAGUCAUCGACGUCGGCGGGUGCAGCUAGCGGCCAGCAUUACGACCCGUCUUUUUUCUCAUCCUCGGUAUGGGCGUCGGCACCCAACUACUACAGCUGGAUACGACAGGACGUAGAGAAUGGUGGACCGAGCAGCGGCGGAGGUGGUGGUGGCGGCGGCGCCGCAGGCGCAGGAGGCCAGGGCAGCAACUGGCAUGGUGCUCGACUCGACAAGUGCCAACCCAAGCGCAUUCUCGCCGCCCAGCCCCAAGUACUUCGCCAACUGCGACAAGGUCAAGGAGGUGACACUGACCGCCGACGGCACCUACUGGCACGGAGACGGUGCCGCACAGGCGGCACAGUUCGUUUACCAGUAGGACAGCAGCAGCAGCUCUUCUGUGUUGCCCUCCGCACGCCGCACCAUUUUGCCUUGGAGCCAUGUACAAACCUGUAUAUUGUUGUUCUAGUCAGCCUCGCCCCCCCACUACGGACACACGGCAGGCUCGCUUACUUGCUUUAUCUUCUUGUUUUUCGCCACUCAAACUGCCUACGGUUGUGUGACAAUCGGAAUACUUGUUGUCUUGUAGCAAUGGGGGCCCAGGGAUCGGAUUCACAAUGCCCUUCGCAGCUAAGAAUGAUGCGUAAGACCUAUGACAGCCAAUACUGACGGUGGCAGCCCGCCGAGAUAUUAGACAGUGACAAAAAUAGUUAUUAUCCGAGCUAAACGCCUCGUGAAUUCGACUAUUAUGAUCAGAUUCACAAGAAUGAGUACCGGCCAGCAAUCAAGAUGGUAGCCGAGGAACGGCCGGCCAAUGAAAAACAGUUCUUACUAUCUAAAACCUUUGUGAUUCCGGUUCCUGCUCCACAAGGCUUUUCGUGCGAAAGCUCGUUCCACCGUGAUGGGCCGGAACAUUAGCUAUGGCUUCGUUUGUAAUCACAUUUUUUUUAAUUAUUAUUAUUCGAAGAGGGCUGCCUUAAGGCAUAGUAGAAAGGAACAUUAUAUGAACAUGUGAUUAUACAUGAAUGGGAGAAACAAAUCGUGAUUUGGUGGCCAGCGCAGUAGCUUCGCCUAAUCGCGAAACGAGCUAACUUACAAAAUAACAUGUUUGCGAAUCUCCUACCAGAUACCUAAAGCUCCAUUUGCAUCAGCAAACGGGCUGUCGGAGAGCGGAAGCUAUAUGCUCUGGUCCGAGCACCAGCUGACAGCUGCGAAGGCCGUGAGAAGUAAACAUUCCUUUCUUAUCGUUACCGAGCGACCAUGAAAGGCGUAACGACUUGUUACGCCAUGUUAUAAAGCCUUAACAUGCUUUUUUUUUCCUUCGCUUAGCUUUUUUUUUUUUACACACCGCUAUCGUCAGCGCAACCACACACGGUGUUUAAUUAGGCCAUUUAGGUUUUUAGUAAGUAAAUGUUACAUAGAACGCCACAUGUACACUGACUUCUCUAUUUAUAACUAAAAGACUUAAGCUAGUCAAUGUUGCAUUGCAACAUACGUUACCUGCAAUUACCCAGGGCUCUCAAGGUGGUUUUUUUCUAGUGAAUAGUAUUUCAUCAUCUUUGGGCUCGCAGGCUGAUUUUUCGACCCCGUUGAAGCAAAUUUUUAUGUGAGGAGCUAGUCUGUGUCGGCGUUAUGCCAGCGUUGCAACUAAGACAGACAGCGCAAAAUUUCAUUUCUUUUGAACAUUGUGUAAAAGUGCCAUGGUUAAGGCUCAUACCGCUAAAAUGCUAUAGAAUAGCUGAAUGUUUAGUAAAUGGAAAUUUUUCUGCGAUUGCAUGGUAGCGAUAUUACGUGACGCGACGUUAAUGCGACGUGUCGCUGGAAAGCUUUAGUAUAUAACGUUGACGUAUUACAAGCCUGACAGGACUGCUGGAAGACCUAGAUGAAGAUGAUGAUGAUGAUUUAUAGAGUUUAAUGGCACAAAGGCUACUAUGAAGGAAGGCCUAGACGACAUAUGGUGAUAUCGUGUUCAAUUAAACUGCUCGUAAUUCUUAUGGCAUUUAAAUGAAAUCCUUCUGCUGGCACGAACUGUCAGCAUGCAGUGAUAGAAUCAUCAAGAAAAUACCUUUGACUCUCUCUCUUCGCCAAGAAAACUUACGCCUAAAGAAAGCUUCUAACGCAUUUUGGUUAAACAGAGUCUCUAAAGACAGCGCCACUAGCCCUGCUGCCAGCGUCUAAUUCUUCCAGUAUUCCUGUGCAUGUCAAAGCUGUGAUAAAGCUCUUUAUCGUUCUUAGCCCGAAUUCCUCGUCUAACGUUAGUAUUGGUGCUAUAUCUGCAAACAUAAACCAGUACAUUUAAUGUCAGCGCCACAGCUUAGCUAUAGUGGCUGUGUUAGCAGCUGUUUAUCAGCAGAGGCCGGCAAGAUACGAAUGCCCGCCUCAUCACUAGCAGGAAAUCGAUGCCUCGAAGUUACUCUCGAACUUUAUUUACACGCCUUUUUGGCUAUAUAGUAAGAUUAAACAAAUACAUUACUAGCAAACGAUAGCCUAUAGUGGGUAUUAAAAUGUAUUAGAAUGAUUUAUUUGUGAAUGAGCUUCCGCAAUAUAGAUUACGCAUGGCCCGGUUUAAUAUGCCGUAGUAUUUUAACACGUUGCACAUUAUUUCAAAAAUUAUGUUGCAUCGUUGUAGCGGACAGUGUUAUGUGUAUGGAAGGAGUGCAGACACCAAAUUCUCGGGAGGUGAUUUUUUACUCUUGGGUGGUACACGUCAAUUAGGGAACCAUAAUAACGGCUGGCAUAUCACGAUCAUGUCCCCAAUAAUUUAACAUAAAACGAUUUGCAUCACACAAUUUCAGAUUUCGAAAUUCCCACCAGCAUCGGUGGAUAACCUUUGAGUGACGACGUCAAUACUGAGUGCCCGAUGACACGGAGUUCACGUGAGCCGCCAAAGCGUUGACAACAACGAACUCAUCCGUCGCCUGCUUGAUUUCAUACUUGCGCCCACGUUCGUCGACGCCGGAGCGAUGUGGGAAACACGCACUUGCGUCUCCCGGCCAUGUUUUGACGUUUUCAUGGUGGCUAUCGCGACAAGUCCGGAAAAGGGAUCCACGUUUCAUUUGGAGACUUUAAAUAUUUAAACAAAAAACCUUUUAGAUUUCUGCUGUCAGUCAUACUUCGUGAAAGCGCUCCUUGUAAGCAUGCAAAGCUUAUGCUAUAGUCACUUUAGCUUCUAAAUGUUGGUGUCUACACUCCUUUAACAUUUAAAAGAAUGGAUGUUUGUUAUGAAUUCUUCUCUCUUUACAUGUGUGUAUGCGUCCGUACAAAUAUUUUUAUAAACAGCUUGGACAUGGCACAUCGUUUAUUAGAUGUUUGUGUUCGUUCGUCUUUUUAAACAAUUUUCCCGUUUUCCAAUCGCCGAUGUGACUUGUCUCUUUGAUUCCCAAUGACCAGCAAACCUUCUUGUUUUGUUCCUUGGCGUUCUUGUUUUCCGACACUUAGAAAAUCAUCACCAGGAACAAGAUCAUGGCCAAUCUUCCUUAUUAUAACAAAUGUUUCGCAAGAUGUUCUGGCUUUGUGUGUUUGCGAGGAUGCCACUGUGCAGUUAUAGCACACCGUUGUUAGGCUUCACCUAUGACACCUAAGUGCAAGGCGAAACCAGAUUUACAGUUGAUGUCGCGGGAGCGUUCUUGUUGGUUUUCCUGCCCGCAUUAUUGCAGAACGGCUUUAGCAUAUAUAGUCUAUUUCAGGCCCAACGCUAGCAGACAUACACGAAGCGCUGUAGCUGUAGGAGCCUAUCAUCAAAUGACGAAAGUAGUGGUGUCAACGAACCCACCGCAUGCAACGUUGUUCUACGCUGUUUUUUUUUUUUUCUGUUUCUUUCUGUUGUUUUUUUUUCUUUGUUUAUCUAUCUCAAUCGAUCUGAAGCGCUUUUUUUAUGUGAUUAGUCAUAUCUGGAAUUUGUAAUAAAAAUGAAGUGCCUUCACACAUCUUAAAGUAAAAUUAUAAUAUAGCAUUUCUUUAUUUUGUUAUAUUUACAUUUAGAAGUAAAUAAAAUGGGCAUGAAUGGUAAGGGAGUUCGGGGCUACGUGACGGCACAGAACACUUUUGCAACGCGUUCGUUUCAUUGCGUUGUUAUAUUAUACAGAGUGCAUCAAAGACGGCUUUACUGUUAUAAGAUACCAUGUGCCUUAUUUUGCUGCCGGGACGUUUUGUAACCCUCCAAAGCCAUACCAAAGAGUGCCUGUCUUUAAGAAACUGUUGUUGUUACGCAAUCACUGUUGUCAUACUUGAUGAAUAAAGUUCGUUCAUUGCUCUUGUGCUGUA